AUUUGGUUUGUCAAAAGCUCUCGAAUCAUUUCGAAGGUGAAGUUUUUGGAUCUUUCGAUACAGAGAAGGAGAAGACGAAGAAGAAGAAGAUGUCGUUGGUGUGGCUAGAAGCGGCGCUGCCUCUGGGAAUCAUCGGAGGGAUGCUCUGUAUUAUGGGAAACUCGCAGUACUACAUCCACAAAGCUUAUCAUGGCCGUCCGAAGCACAUCGGGCACGAUGAAUGGGACGUUGCUAUGGAGAGACGCGACAAGAAGGUCGUCGAGAAAGCUUCAGCUCCUUCCUCGUGAUCCAAUUUCAUUCAUUUUUGUUCAUCAGGGGCUUCAGGUGAACAACGUGUGGUCACAACUCACAAAUAAAGUGUAUUCCAGAAGAAGAAGAAGAAGCUGGAGAAUCUACUACUGUUAUUCCGGUUUGAUUUUUCUUGAAGACUAGUUCGGAUAAAGCUUUGUUGCUUAAAAAGCUUUUUCUGAUCUCGAAAUUGAGACAUUAAUGACAUUUGGUUUAUAACUUCUCUAUUUGUUUGUGGUAUAUGCUGUUAAGUUGCAUGACAUUUGGUUUACAAUACACUCUUAAUAAUAAUCUUGAAGAUUACCUU